AUGGCAAGAGGGUUGAUCAAGCACGAAGUUGGAGCAGGCAUGGAUACUAUGAUGUGGAUUGAUUUUUGGUUACCAAAUGGUCCAAUUUGUUCUCAGCUGGGCCUCUCUGAGAUGGAAAUUCUUCAACUUGACACAAAUGUUAAAGUGGAUAGUCUAAUUUCCAAUUCUCAGUGGGUUGUUCCAGCCUCCUUUCAGCACAUACAAUUCCUACAGUCACACUCCUUUAACUCCCAAAUCCAAAGCUUGCAACAUCCAUCCCCUCAACCUGACUUGAUUGAAUGGUUACCAAGUCCUCCUAUUGGAAUCUCUCAAAGACACACUAUGGAUUAUUUCAGCCCUCCCUCACUGAUGUUCACUUGGCACAACCUCAUUUGGUUUAAGCAUCACAUUCCCAAGCAUAGCCACAUCUUCUGGUUAGCAAUUAAAGGGAGACUCUACACUCUUGAUACCAAACCAAUGAGGCACAAGCACUACACCAAUGCCUGCUAUCUUUGCAUGUCUGACUGGGAAUCAAUUGAUCAUUUAUUCUUCAAGUGCAAAUUCAGUAUCCUCAUAUGGGAGUUCAUCCAAAAUGUUGCCGGAUUCUACAUCAGACCUGAUUGCUGGGCUGAUCUCAUCUCAUGGUGCUCAACUACAUGGUGCAAUAAAUACUUCAUUACUCACAAGCUCUUUCUGUCUGCUGCUAUUUACUUCCAUUGGUCCGAAAGAAAUGCCAGAGCCUUUAAGAAUAAAUCAACUAGUGCUCAACAUAUCAUUUGUCUUAUUAAGGGCUGCAUCAGAUCAAGGCUUGCUUCAAUGGCAUUGAGGAAGAGGACUGACCUCUACCAGAAAGAGACUAUGGAAGACCUACAUAAACUUUUCCUUGAAGGUUGUGCUUUUGCAGGAGGACAUUCAUGGCGCCUAUCAGAGUAA